AUGUCGUCUCAAACAGGUUCAGAAAUCCCUCUCACGGCAGCAGCUGUUUCUCCGGCACUUGAUGAUGAAACUUCUCCGGUGCUUGAUAAUGGAAUGGGUGAUAUUGCGCACAACUUCAGCGAAAGACAUGCCCUGAAGCAAGGUCUUCACCAACGGCACAUUCAGAUGAUCGGUUUGGCCGGCACAGUCGGCUCGGGGCUAUUCCUCAACUCUGGCCAAGCGCUCGCAAUGGGAGGGCCUCUAGGUGCCUUCCUUGGGUACUCUAUUAUCGGCCUCACUGUUUCUAGUGUCAUCCUCGUUGUUGGAGAGAUGGGCGCUUUAGUGCCUCUUAGUGGAGGCCUCGUUCGGUAUUCAGAAUUCUUCUUCGACCCUGCCAUGUCCUUCGCGAACGGAUGGAAUCAAGUAUACUCAUACUUGGUGACUAUCCCUGCCGAGAUCGUGGCGGCUUCGAUCUUAAUUCAAUUCUGGAUCACUGUCAGCAGCGCAAUAUGGAUCACUGUUUUCAGCAUACUGAUACUCGUCACUGCGCUGGUUUUCAUCAGAGUUUUUGGGGAGAUUGAGUUCGUAUUUGCGAUCCUGAAGAUCUUACUGAUUCUUGGGAUAAAUAUUAUGGCACUUGUGAUUACGUGCGGUGGAGGACCAAGUGGCGAAUCGAUUGGAUUCAAAUACUGGGGAAAUCCAGGACCCUUUGUUCAAUACCUUGGUAUCAAGGGUGCUUUGGGUCGAUUCCUCGGUUUCUGGUCAACUCUGAACAAUGCAGUGUUUGCAUACACUGGAGCUCAAAAUAUUACCCUUGUUGGAGCUGAGACAAGAUCUCCAAGACACGCCAUCCCAAAGGCAACAAAGCGCAUCUUGGUCCGCAUCUUGCUCUUCUAUGUCCUGUCCAUAUUUAUGAUUGGAUUGGUAAUUCCUUCUAAUGACCCCAAUCUCCUUCAUUUAACUGGCACAGCUUCCGAAUCCCCAUUUGUUAUAGCCGCUCGUCGGGCAGGGAUACAGGAUAUACCCUCGAUUAUAAAUGCCGCUAUACUCACUUCGGCCUGGUCAGCUGGCAAUUCAUUUAUCCUUUUCGGCUCCCGAAUUCUCUUUGGCAUGGCAAUGCAAGGACAUGCUCCUGCGGUCUUCGCUCGGCUGAACCGAUUCAAGGUGCCUUACGUGGCCGUCAGCCUCUUCGGGGUCUUUAUGUCCUUGGGGUAUAUGGUCGUCUCUAAUUCAGCAAACAUAGUCUUCAGCUGGUUGCAGGCCGUUGUGGCGAUCUCUACUUUGGUGGACUGGGGAAUUAUCUGUGUCGUAUAUCUCCGAUUCUACUACGGUUGCAAGAAGCAGGGGAUCGACCGCCACAGAGAACUUCCGUGGGCUGCCCCUUUUCAACCUUAUUCGACCUGGGCUUCGCUUGUGCUGAUCCUUCUUUUACUUUUAACUGGGGGUUUCAGCACAUUUAUUCACAGCCACUGGAAUACUGAAACAUUUAUCUCGUCCUACAUCAACAUUCCAAUCAUCCUGGCUCUAUACUUUGGCUACAAAUGGUGGAAGAAAACACGUAUCAUCGCUUUGGUGAACAUUCCGAUUAUCGGCUUGAUGCAGUUCUACCUCAGCGAAGAAAACGUCGAGCCUGAACCACCACGCAAAAAGGGACUUGCUAAACUCAACAUUCUCUGGUCAUAA